AAUUCCGUCUUCCAGUUCAGUUUUUUUCAACCUGUCACCGUCCAUUCAAUUGGUCCUCAAACUCUGUGGUGUGCAUCGCCAUUCAACAGCCAUGGACGCAGCACCAUCAUCAUCAAUGGCACUUCCUUCAUUGUUACCCCGCAAUGCCCUUUCAAAAGUUUCCAUUUUCCAACGUUUGACAACCCCAACAACCUUAAUUCCAUCAUGGGCAUCUUCCACCAAACCCAACACCCUCACUUUGGUCUCCUCAAACCCUCUCCUCACAACCUCAAAGUUCCCAUCUUUCUUACGUUGUUCCACAAAACCAGACACAAGCGCCAACAGUGAGACACACAGCAAGCCCAAUGAUGAACCAAGUUCAGUUUCCAAGGCACAUGAAUCAGAUGAAGCAAGUGAAGCCUUUUCUUAUGGUUCUUCUUGUGCUUCAUCACCUUCAGAAUCACGAUCACAUUCUUCUUCUUCAAGAGGGUUGGUGUUUGCUUUGGGUGCUUCAAACUCUUGGGACAGUGCAGAGGUUGGAUCACCAGUGGUGAAGAGGUUUCUGAGUGAUGAAGAAGAGAGAUGGUACAUGUGGUAUCAUGGGAGGGCUAAAGGGAAACCUUCUUGUGAUUUGAUAGGGUUGGCAAUUUCAAGCAAUGGGGUUCAUUGGGAGCGUGGAGGAGGGGUUGCCAGAUCAAGUUCUGAUGUGGGUUUUGUGAUGAAUUGUGGUAAGGAUUGGUGGGCUUUUGAUACUGGUGGCAUUAGGCCUUCUGAGAUGGUGAUCAUGUCUAGUUCUAGAGUUAGAGCUUCAAGUGCUGUUUACUGGCUUUACUACACUGGCUAUGGUUCUGAUAAGGUGGAGUUUGCUGAUAACUCUUUGGAAUUCAGUUUGGAAAACCCUGAUAGUUUUUUCAAUUUCAUCAAUGAUGGCAAUGGAAAAGUUUUCAAGUCCUUGCCCGGUUUGGCUAUUAGUCAAGAUGGGAGGCAUUGGGCUAGGAUUGAAGGGGAGCAUCAUAGUGGAGCAUUGAUUGAUGUUGGGUCUGAGAAAGAGUGGGAUUCUUUGUUCAUUUCUUCACCACAAGUUGUUUACCAUGGAAAUGGUGAUCUUAGGAUGUAUUAUCAUUCAUUUGAUGUGGAAAAAGGGCAUUUUGCUAUUGGGAUUGCUAGGUCAAGGGAUGGAAUCAGGUGGGUGAAGUUAGGGAAGAUAAUGGGGGGAGGAAAGGCUGGUUGUUUUGAUGAGUUUGGAGCAAUGAAUGCGUGUGUGAUGAGGAACCGGAGUGAUGGAAACUAUGUGAUGGCAUAUGAAGGUGUUGCUGCUGAUGGGAGGAGGAGCAUUGGUAUGGCUAUAUCUCCUGAUGGGUUGAAGGAAUGGAUGAGGCUUCAAGAUGAGGCAAUUUUAAAGCCAUCGGACAAAGGCUGCUGGGAUGAUAAGGAUGUUGGAUCGCCGUGUCUGGUCAAAAUGGAUACAGAAGAAAAUGAGUGGAGGUUGUAUUAUAGAGGUGUUGGAAAUGGAGGAAGUGUUGGAAUAGGAAUGGCCAUUUCUGAAGGGAGUGAUAUUGGAAGUUUUAGAAGAUGGACAGGUUUCCAUGUAUAAAGCUAGGUGUAAGCUAUGUUUUGUUAUCAAUUUAUUUAAACAAAGCCUAAAUACACUGUCUUCAUUCUUUAUGAAUUGUAAUUUUUUUUUUGUUGAGUUUGGAUAAACUAGUUUUGUAUUUAGCCUUAUUGCUGGUUAAUACAAUUCUUGUACAGUAAGCUUUGAACUGAACUUGUCCUGAUUUUUAUUAAUAUUAACACCUUG